UAUUAUAAAUCUCGUGAAUCGUUUCAUUUUUCUACUUACAUGACACUUGAAAUUGGCAACUUUCGAUCUCUUUCGGUUUACAUCAAGUUCGAAGAGAGAUGGCUACGUGGCGAUAUUCAACGAUGCCGGGUGGAGCGGAGGCAGUUUCGAGUCGCAAUGCGGUGGGUAGAUUCGUCGACUUCAGCCACGGUGGUGGUGGAGGUAGAAGAGGGAUCAAACCGGAUCAGCUGAUGUUGAUUAGGAAGUGGCAGCUUAGGCCGGUGAAGAGAUCGUUUUCGGUGAGGAAUGUGUCGAGUGAGCAGCAACAGAAGGUGCAAGAUCUAGUAACUCAGCAACAAGAAUCUCCAGGCAGUUAUAAUCCUUUCCCUCCAGAUGCUUCAUCUAUUGCCUCUAGUAUCAAAUACCAUUCAGAGUUCACCCCAUUGUUCUCCCCUGAGAAGUUCGAUCCUCCAAAGGCUUUCUUUGCAACUGCACAAAGUAUUCGUGACGCUCUCAUUAUAAACUGGAAUGCCACGUAUGAUUAUUAUGAAAGAUUGAAUGUAAAGCAGGCUUACUAUUUGUCAAUGGAAUUUCUACAGGGUCGGGCACUGUUGAACGCAAUUGGAAAUUUAGGGCUUACUGGAGCUUAUGCAGAGGCCUUGAGCAAGCUUGGACACAACCUAGAAAAUAUAGCUUCCCAGGAGCCUGAUGCUGCCCUAGGGAAUGGAGGCCUUGGUCGACUUGCCUCCUGUUUUCUGGAUUCUUUGGCAACAUUGAAUUAUCCAGCAUGGGGUUAUGGGCUUAGAUAUAGGUAUGGCUUAUUUAAACAGCGUAUUACAAAGGAUGGGCAAGAAGAAGUUGCUGAAAAUUGGCUUGAGAUGAGCAAUCCUUGGGAAAUUGUGAGAAAUGAUGUUGUAUAUCCUAUCAAGUUUUAUGGCAAAGUUCUUACAGAUUCAGAUGGAAAGAAACACUGGACUGGAGGAGAGGAUAUACAGGCUGUUGCUUAUGAUGUCCCAAUACCAGGAUAUGAAACUAAAACCACGAUUAACCUAAGACUCUGGUCAACAAAAGCUCCAUCAGGAGACUUUGAUCUAUCUGUUUUUAAUUCUGGAAAACAUACCCAAGCAGCUGAGGCCCUAUAUAAUGCUGAAAAGAUUUGCUAUGUACUGUAUCCUGGGGAUGAAUCACUUGAAGGAAAAAUCCUUCGUUUAAAGCAACAAUACACCCUGUGCUCUGCCUCUCUACAAGAUAUCAUUGCACGUUUCGAGAGAAGAUCAGGAGCAAAGGUCAAAUGGGACGAAUUUCCUGACAAGGUUGCUGUGCAAAUGAAUGAUACUCACCCAACUCUUUGCAUUCCAGAGCUGAUGAGAAUUUUGAUUGAUGUGAAAGGUUUAAGCUGGAAGGAGGCCUGGAAUAUCACCCAAAGAACCGUGGCAUACACAAACCACACUGUCCUACCUGAGGCUUUGGAGAAAUGGAGUUUAGAACUUAUGCAGAAACUGUUGCCUCGACACAUGGAGAUUAUAGAAAUGAUUGAUGAGGAGCUAAUUCGUACCAUAGUGUCAGAACAUGGUAAUGCAGAUUCUAACUUACUGGAGAAAAAACUGAAGCAGAUGAGAAUUUUAGAAAAUGUUGAGCUGCCGGCUGCAUUUUCUGAUUUACUAGUUAAACCCAAGAAAAGUCUUGUUGCUGUUCCCAGUGAUGAACUUGGAGAAUCGGAAGAGGAAGAGGAAGAGGAAGAGGAAGAGGAAGAGGAAGAGGAAGAGGAAGAGGAAGAGGAAGAAGAAGCAGAAGCAGAAGCAGAAGCAGAAGCAGAAGAAGAAGAGGAAGAAGAAAAACUUAAGCCUGCUGGUGGAAAAAUUAAAUCUAUAAAGGAAGGCACUCAGGGGAAGAAAAAGAAGAUCCCAGAACCAGUACCGGAGCCCCCAAAGCUGGUUCGUAUGGCUAACCUAUGUGUCGUAGGUGGUCAUGCAGUGAAUGGAGUUGCUGCCAUACAUAGUGAGAUAGUAAAAGACGAAGUGUUUAAUGAUUUUUUUCAGUUGUGGCCUGAGAAAUUUCAAAAUAAAACAAAUGGGGUCACACCAAGAAGAUGGAUCCGUUUCUGCAAUCCAGAGUUGAGUAACAUUAUAACGAGCUGGACAGGCUCAGAAGACUGGGUUUUAAAUACUGAAAAGUUGUCUGAACUUAGAAAGUUUGCAGAUAACGAGGAUCUUCAGAUCCAAUGGAGGGCAGCAAAAAGGAGCAACAAGUUAAAAGUUGCAUCCCUCAUUAAAGAAAGGACAGGCUAUAUAGUAAGCCCUGAUUCAAUGUUUGACAUCCAGGUGAAGCGCAUCCAUGAAUACAAGCGUCAGCUGCUGAAUAUUUUGGGUAUUGUUUACCGUUACAAGAAGAUGAAAGAAAUGAGUGCUUCAGAAAGAAAGAAAAAGUUCGUUCCACGUGUUUGUAUAUUCGGGGGAAAAGCAUUUGCCACUUAUGUUCAAGCCAAGAGAAUUGUGAAAUUCAUUACCGAUGUUGGAGCUACAGUUAAUCAUGAUCCUGAUAUAGGUGAUUUACUGAAGGUUAUUUUUGUUCCUGAUUACAAUGUGAGUGUGGCUGAAUUGCUUAUCCCUGCAAGUGAAUUAUCACAACAUAUCAGUACUGCUGGAAUGGAGGCAAGUGGAACCAGCAAUAUGAAGUUCGCGAUGAAUGGUUGCAUUUUAAUCGGGACCUUGGAUGGUGCCAAUGUUGAAAUACGAGAAGAGGUUGGAGAAGAAAACUUUUUCCUCUUCGGGGCUAAAGCUCACGAGAUUGCUGGGCUUCGGAAAGAAAGAGCUGAGGGGAAGUUCGUUCCGGAUCCUCAGUUCGAAGAAGUUAAGAAGUUUAUCAAAAGUGGCGUAUUCGGAUCUUCCGACUAUAAUGAACUCCUGGGAUCAUUAGAGGGAAAUGAAGGUUUCGGUCGUGCAGACUAUUUCCUUGUUGGCAAAGACUUCCCAAGUUACAUAGAAUGCCAAGAAAAGGUCGACGAAACAUACAAGGACCAAAAGGUAUGGACAAGAAUGUCGAUCAUGAAUACAGCAGGUUCUUACAAUUUCAGCAGUGACAGAACAAUUCAUGAAUAUGCUCGAGAAAUAUGGAACAUAAAGCCUGUUGAAUUACCAUAAUUUUGGUUAGACUUUUUCAACCAUGGGGACUGCCCUUUUGCCUGUUAAUAACUGCUCUCUUUGUUGUAAUGCAAGGAAAACAUGCAUAUUGUAACAAGUCAAGCCUCUAUAAAUGCAAUAAAAUUUUGAAUAAGAAUCGCUUUUAGAAUAAAA